GUCAACUGUCACUAGUGUCAUUUGGGCAUUUGAGUUUUUCAUGUUUAUUAGCUGAGGUGUGCACGGUUUUGUUCCUAUUAAAAAUCUAUUUCUAUAUGUGGUGCAAAAAGUAGAUGUUUGUUGGGAUUGAAUAACCGGCCCCAUUUUAUACUGCAAACCGUAUAACGAUGAUGCAAUUCAUGCUACUAUUCAGCCGACAAGGCAAAUUGCGUCUGCAAAAAUGGUACGUUGCACAUCCCGACAAAUUAAAAAAGAAAAUAACGCGUGAAUUAAUCACUACAAUCUUGGCUCGCAAACCAAAGAUGUGCAGUUUCUUAGAGUGGCGAGAUUUGAAAAUUGUGUACAAACGGUAUGCCAGUUUGUAUUUUUGUUGUGCUAUUGAGCAAGAAGAUAAUGAGUUGCUCACGUUGGAAGUAAUUCACAGAUAUGUAGAAUUGCUUGAUAAAUAUUUUGGAAGCGUUUGCGAACUCGAUAUAAUUUUUAACUUUGAGAAAGCUUAUUUCAUACUUGAUGAGCUUUUACUAGGAGGAGAGAUUCAAGAAACUAGCAAGAAGACAAUCCUCAAAGCAAUCGCAGCUCAGGAUCUUCUACAAGAGGAGGAAACACCACAAGGCUUCUUCGACGACCACGGCCUUGGAUAAUCACAAUCAUCAUAUUCUACUGACCUCAACAACACUAUUCUAUUCUUUAAUUUUUUAAUUUUGUUGAUCUACAUUUUUUUUUUCUUUACAUGACAUUUCUUUAGUAGUGGGAUAUUAAACUUAUUUAUCUUUUUUUAAAUUGUACUCUAUUUAUAUGAUAAUUAUUGUUUUAUUAUUUUUUGGGUAAGUAUAUUUUUUUUUAUUGAAAAAUGGGUUGUGGUUGUAAUUUUUUUUUAUAAUUUGAGUUUGUUUUAUCAAUUUAAGCUCAAUUCAAUUAACUUUAAAAGUAUUAAAGUAACACUAGAAGCUAAAACACAAAACGCUUAUAAUAUGUAGACUAGUGGUAAAAUGCAAAUCAGGUUUGUAAAUAAUUUCGACUAACAAUAUGAAAUUAAUAUUUUGUGCAAUAUUGUUAAGACUAUGCAUGUUUGUAAAUCCCAAUAGUUAAUUAAUUAGCUUGUUGAUAACUUGAACAUUCCAGUAGGAUAUUGUGUAAUUUUGUUUGCACUGUUUGCAGUGAUUUUUUUGUAUUAGAAUUAGUAUUAAAAUUAAUUUUGUAAAA